UUUUUGGGGUCAACAGUGUGAGCACAUGGUUCAAGAACAGUCUGUGAAACUUAGCUUUGGUGCUCUGCUAGUAGUUGUAACAUCCUUCAUAAGUGUUCUUGCUUUAGUGGUAUUUCUUGUGGUAUGCAAAUGGAAACAAGCAAGGAAAUGUAAAGUCCCAGGACCAAAAGAAGACAUUCGUGAAAAUAUCAUUAUUUAUGAUGAUGAAGGAGGUGGUGAAGAUGACAUGACAGCAUCUGAUGUUAAACCCCGUAAAGUUCCAGUACCAACAUUGGCAGUAGUUGAGACAGUGGAAAUGAAGCCAUUGCCUGUACAAACAAGUAAAGAUGUUGAUGCUUUAGUGCAAAAAUACAUGAAGCAAGCAGAUGAAGAAGUUGGCUGUCUAUCAUUUGACGAUCUGCGCAGUUACACUGACGAAGGAGGCAAUAGUGUAACUUCUUCUCUCUCUUCCAUUGUGUCUGGUUCAGAUGACAAGGAGCAAGAUUACAGCCAUCUCUAUGCAUUAGGAGCAAAAUUUAGCAGACUUGCAUGUAUGUAUAAUAAGGAGGAAACAACAGAGGAAGAGGCAGCACAGGAAUAAACACAAUUACCACUAUUAAUCAGUAAGA